AUGGCAUUAUAUUAUGAUGAAAUCCUUGCCGGAAAUUGUUUUGGUCAAAUAAAUGUUACACCAACUCCUUCUAUAACCGAUAGUACGAAUAUCGUAGAAACAAAAAGAUUACCAAGUCCUGUCAGCGAAUUUGGAUAUACUACAGAGGAAUUGUAUUAUAAAGCGAGAAAAUUUGUCAAAGAAAAAAAAGAACAAAUUCAAUUGAAAUAUGGUGAUAAUAUUCGUUUAAUUGCUCUAUCCAAACAAGAGAAAUUAGGUAAAUGGAAUGCUUCAUACACACGAAAUGUUGGAUUUCUUGAUGUUGUUGGUAACGAUCGAAAACAGGCAUGGAUUGCGUUAGGAGAUAUGACAAAAGAACAAGCUAUGGAAGAAUAUGUUAAAUUGCUAUUGGAUCGUUGUUCGAUAUUUCGCAUACACUUACAAAUACAGGAUGUGAAAUAUGUAGUGGAAGAUCAGUCAAGACAAGAUUAUGAUACUUGCCGGCAAUUAGAACAGGCAGCUGAAAAAGCAAGACAAUACGAAUUAGAACAAGUACUACGUUUAGAAAAGCAAAAGAAAAAACGCGAAGAUCUUCAAAGAAAACAAAUUCAAGACGCACUCAAUCAACAAACAUAUUCACAAUUCAAGGCAUACGCCGAACAACAAUAUAAAGACAACAGAGCAGCUCAAGAAGAUUUGAUUCGUCAAUUACAGGAACAACAUUUUCACAAGUAUAUGCAACAAGUUUAUCAACAACAACUAAUUGAUCAACAACUUCGAGCAAAAGCAACUAUGGAACAAACAUCGGAGAAUAUUACAUUAUCAUCAGUACCACCAUCAAACGCCGUUCCCCUACCAUCAACACUAGCAAAUACUGUGAUUCCACCACCAUUAGUAAAUGUAGUCCCAACAAAUAUAGUAACAACUUCGUCGCCGACGAUUGAAGUUCCAUCUACAAACAUGGAACUUCCACCGGCUCCAUUGAAUUCAAGUAUAGCAUUACAAGUGCUUACUCGCAUGCCACCACUUGGUUCUGCACCAACUAAACUUCCACCAUUGGUCCACCCUCCACCGCCUCCACUGAUUUCGAAUGCAAAUGCUUCAGUGCAAGAUAUGAAAAUAGAAUCAGCGAUUCCUGUUCAAGCAAAAUUCGAAACAUUGAAUCUCGAUACGCCAAUGGAACUCAUUCGUCCUGCUGUUUCACAACCGUCUAUGAGCAAUGAUCCGGCACAACAGUCUUCAUCAUCAGGCGAAAUAACGAAUGAAUUAAGUGCUGCACAAGUACCGAUGGGCAGUAAUCAGCUUGUGCCAGCUUCAUUGACGGAACCUAAUGGAACAGUAAAUUCAAAUAAUGAAUCAACACUUCCUUCUGAACAAGAAACGCAAGAACUACCAAAUAUAAUCACAGCCAAUAUGUGGACACGUAAAGACAUUAAAGAAUUUAAAGAUCAAAUACGUAAAGAAAAAGAUGCUGUUAUUAAAAUUGGCAGUGGCGAAACAGUAACGGUACGUGUUCCAACACAUGAAGAUGGCAAUUGUAUAUUUUGGGAGUUCUCUACUGAUUAUUAUGAUCUUGGUUUCGGCGUUUAUUUUGAAUGGAAUAAAGCAGAAUCGAAUACGGUUACAGUUCAUGUGAGUGAUUCAAGCGAUGAAGAAGACGAACAUGAAGAUGGCGAAAAGAAAGAUAUUGAAAAAGGCAGUGGUAGCACAAAUAAACCACCGAAACCGCGGCAAAGUGAAAUCGUUCCAAUAUAUCGACGUGAUUGCCAUGAAGAGGUCUAUGCUGGCAGUCAUCAAUAUCCGGGCGUUGGGGUUUAUUUACUUAAAUUUGACAAUAGUUACUCAUUAUGGCGUUCGAAAACACUUUACUAUCGCGUUUACUAUUCGAAAUAA